AUGUCUUUCCGUAGUAUUGAUGUAGAUGCAUUAGACGACGAACCAUUAGUUCAAGAAGAAUUAUUUUGUUAUUCUGAUGGAACCGAAAUUGACCCACAAGAAGCUUUAAAUAAUGUUCAAACUAAAGGUAUUGAAGUAAGAAAUUUACUAACAAAAAAUAAUUCCGAAGAUGCGUUGAUAACAGCUAUAAGUGAUCCUCCUUAUGGUUUAAAUACGACUGACGCUAAAGUAGAAUUAAAUGCAAAAAUUGUUAUGGAUGUUCUCAAUUCAAUUAAAGCUACCGAUAUUUUAUCAUUGAUUAAAAGGUUAUCAAUAGAACAACAAGAUGUUUUAAUGAAAUAUAUUUAUUGCGGAAUGGCUCGCGUUAAGAAACCUAAAGAGAAAGAACCACCUGAACCAUUCAAUUCUGCUGUACUAUUGAAUUGGCAUGAAAAGCUCACUGAAAUUGCGGGAGUUGGUUGUAUUGUUCGUGUGAUUACUGAUCGAAAAACUGUAUAA